AUGCCAGGUCAGCCUCAGUAUGAGUCACAAAGAGAUUCCCCCAGCUAUUCAACCCCAGCCAAUGUCACUGCUGGCAAUGGCCAACAGGUAAGACCACCAUUCCUGGGGCUGCCAUUCACCCUGUUUGUGAAUGGCAGCCCCAGGAAUGGGAAGGUUGUGGCUGUUUAUGGGACUCUUUCAGACUUGCUUUCUGUGGCUAGUACAAAGCUUGGAAUAAAAGCAACAAGUGUUUACAAUGGGAGAGGGGGACUCAUUGAUAACAUUGCUCUUGUUAGGAAUGAUGAUGUCCUUUUUGUAUGUGAAGGGGAACCCUUUAUAGAUCUCCAGACUGAUAUAAACACCCCAGAAGCAUUAACAGGCUCUCAUUCAGACUGGAUCACGCUCAGUGUUGGGGGGCGGUAUUUCACAACUACUCGGAGCACAUUAGUUAGUAAGGAACUGGACAGCAUGCUGUCUCAUAUGUUUAAAGUUAAAGAUUCCUGGGGAAACAAACAGGAUCACAGAGGAGCCUUCCUGGGACCUGAAUACUUUGAGCCAAUUUUGAACUAUUUGCGCCAUGGACAGUUCAUUGUUAAUGAAGAUUCUGGGCUUUCCAAGACCAAUAAACACAGAAUGUUACUGGGAACAAUUGCUGCUGGUUCUGUUUAA